AUGUCGAUUCAAACUGACACAGAAAUCAAGGCUAACAGGCCCGACAUAGUAGUUAAGGACAAGAAAGAGAGAACUUGUCUGCUCAUUGACAUGGCUGUCCCCACAGAAAGAAACACAUCGAUAAAAACAACAGAGAAACUCUCAAAGUAUAAAGAUGUAGAUAUCGAAAUUGAGAGAAUCUGGGGCACGAACACCACGACAAUACCAGUGGCGAUAUGUGCUCUUGCUCUGGUCAAGAAAGGGAUGGAAAAGUACAUUGGUAAAAUCCCUGGAAAUAAAAAGAUACAAGAAGUUCAGAAGUGUGUCCUCCUUUAA